CGCUGAUGAAACACCGUUGAUCGAUUCUCGUCAACUUCACACACUCAUCACUCCUUGUCAACAUGGCCAUCACUGUUGAUGUUGAAGCGACGAUAGGAGCUCAGGCGUUUGGCACGGCCGUCUACUCCCUUGAGAUACCAAGUAUCUACUUUGGCAUCACAAUUGGUCUCACGAUACUCAUUGCAGUGAAAGCCUCACAGCAGACUGUCUCUAUCUACAUGAAAACGAAGUCGUUUUUCAACCUUUAUGUGUGGAUGAUAUGGGUUCUACUUAUUGCCAAUUUGCUCCAAGCCAUCAUCAACUGGCUCUUCAUUCGAGGUGAUCUGUUGGGAACCCUCGGCUUCUUCUUUGGAAGUUGCAUUUUGUGGACGUUGCAGACGCAGCUAGCCCUCCAAAUCAUCGCGAAUCGCCUGGGCCUCGUCAUAAUGGACAAAAGCAGAGUAAAAAUCAUGAAGAUCUGCUUGCUCGUCAUAGUCGGCAUCAUCAAUAUCUCGGUUGCCUGCAUAUGGAUCCCGGCGCGUUUGACACAUAAGGAACCGUUUGUGCGCAUCAAUGAGAUCUGGGAUCGCAUGGAAAAGAUCAUCUAUCUAAUGGUGGAUCUCACUCUGAAUGCAAUUUUCCUCCGCAAAGUGCGACGGGAACUGAUUGCCGGAGGUCUCACGAAGUAUUGGUUAUUGUUCAACUGCAACGUCGCUGCCGUUUCGGUCUCUUUGUCAAUGGAUAUUCUCAUCAUUGUUAUGAUGUCGCUUCCCAACCCUUUUCUUUACGCCAUUACUCAUCCGGUUGCUUACAGUGUCAAACUUGUGAUUGAGAUGUUGAUGGCAGAUCUGAUAUCAACCAUCGCCCGGCAACCACACCAGCUUCUUAGCCGCUCAAAUGUUUAACAGACAGAUUGCAACGAGGAGAGUUCGAGGAACAUUACGACGGGAAUCAGGACCGUGAUGGUUCAAAUGUUGGAGAUCUUACGUACAAAGCGAAACAGAUUAUGAAAAGCUUCACUAUGAAAAAAUAUCGUGCAACGGCUUCACAUGACGAGUUUGAUGCAUGAAUGCCGUAAUUGCUAUAUUGUUCGGCGCUCAAUAUCAAUUGCUUCCGUAUCACACUUUACAGGAAAUAAGCCGUUGCUUUACAGGCUCACGGGCGACGGCGACCACAACAAAGAAAACAAGGACGACGACAUAGAUGACCACCGGUUUUUUGCCUCUAGUGCUGAGCUCUCAGCCAUCCCAUGGACGCGUUUUUGGGUACCGGACAGAGCGAGACUGCCGUUCCCACUCAAAUACAGAGUCUAGCAUGUCGUAGAGAGAACAAACAAAAUUACAGCUUACAAGUAUCCAGCUCGAGUCUUCAUCCUCCUGGUCAUGUGAACCGUUGCCCG